AUGGAGCCUUUACACUAUGUCAGUAGCACCUCGCAGUUCUCUCGCAUUGGUCCAGGCCUCGUCGUCAAGGCGCCCAUGGAAGUUUCGAAAGAGAACCCCAAUCAUAAACAGCUGGAGGAACAUAAUGCGAAGGCAAUUGACGUGGAAGCGCAAAUUUUGAAAAGACUGGGUCGUCACCCCAGGAUCGUCCCAUUCCACGGGGUCAAUGACACGGGCAUUUUGCUCAGCGAAGCAGUGCAUGGAAACCUACAGGCAUACAUCGACUCCAACAAUCCAACAAUAGACACUGCUCUACGUUGGAAAUGGUCUCUGCAGGCGGCCGAAGCCAUUGCAUAUUUACAUGAGAAAGGCGUGAUCCACUCGGAUCUACGACCUGAAAACUACCUGGUGCAUGCCACAGUCGAACCACGCGAUGAUGUUGAUCCUUCUCCGUCACUAGACCUGUGGCUUUGCGACUUUGGCGGGUCCGUGUGUGAAGAAUUGGGGUUAGAUGGCGGACACUUACCCGACGACCCUUUCUUCGACCACCGAAAGCCCUGGGUGUCGACACGGGAAACCGAUAUCUUCAGUCUCGGAUCUGUCUUCUUCAACAUCCUGACAGGAUAUUGGCCAUACAGGGAGGGCCCGCCUCCUAAGAGUAUGGAGGGCAUAAUUGCUUAUGAGAAGGAAGUGAACGAGUUAUUCACAGCGAGCAAGUUUCCAGACGUUUCCAAGUCGAGCGGUGGGAAUGUGAUCAAGGGUUGCUGGGAUUACCGCUAUCAGACAGCCCAGGAUGUGGUAGAAGCCAUCAAGAGGGAAAUAGCAGUACUGGGAAUGUAA